UUAAUACUAUACACUAAAAAAAUAAUCCUCUAUAAAACCAUAUUCUUUGCCAUUUGCACACUGAUACUCCUCCUCUGCCACCACCACCACCACCACCGUCCACCGUCCGCCGGCGUGAAGCUAGAUUCGAGCACCUAUCCGGUCUAGCUAUUCCUCUUCGUAUUUUGUCAAUCUUUUUACAGACUUGUUCAAAAAUUUCAUUAUAUACACGAAGCAGAGUAUUUCUGUUUCGUGAAAACAUCGGAAGGAACUACUAUAUGGGAUGGAGGCUAAUAAUAGUAAUAUUGUCGCGCCUUUCGUGUUGAAAACAUAUCAAAUGGUGAAUGAUCCAAAAAUUGAUGGACUCAUAGCUUGGGGAAGAGAAAAUAACAGCUUUAUAGUUGUUGAACCUUUGGAUUUCUCUCAAAGAAUCUUGCCUAUUUAUUUCAAGCACAAUAAUUUUUCCAGCUUUGUUCGUCAGCUCAACACUUAUGGUUUUAGAAAAGUGGAUCCAGAUAAAUGGGAAUUUGCAAAUGAAUGGUUUUUAAGAGGACAAACACAUUUAUUGAAGAAUAUAGUGAGGAGAAAACACAGUAGAAAUUCAUAUUCUUUGAAACAAGAUGAGAGUGAAGAUGAAGAGAUUUAUACAGAAAUUGCAAGAUUAAAACAAGAACAAAAAGCCUUAGAACAAGAAGUUGAAAAUAUGACUAAAAGAUUAGAAGCUACAGAAAAAAGGCCACAACAAAUGAUGGCUUUUUUGUGUAAAGUCGUUGAUGACCCUGAGAUAUUACCAAGGAUUUUAUUGGAAAAAGAGAGAUCUAAAAGGGUAAGUUUAAAUAAUUCUGAAAAGAAAAGGAGAAUUAUGAUUUCUAAUAAUUCCACAAGUUGUUCUUCGGUGAAAAGUGAAGAGGAAGUUGGUGGUCCAUUAAUUGGGGCAAUUUCGUCAUUUCGCUCUCCCGAUGCGAAUUUCGAUAAGGAUACGCUUUGUCAGUCUUCGCCAUCAUCGGAAACACCGGCCAUGACGUGGCUAAGUGGUCGGCCGAUGAUAACUUAUGAGCCUUAUCGGAGUUGUCCGGCUAUGUCUAGUUCUUUGUCGUCGGGCUCGUCGGAGAGUGGCGGAUUCACGACGGGACCGUCGUCCGAGGCUUUUUCCGGCUAUGACUACGGCGGCGGAGGAGGAGGAAGUGUGGCGGCGGAGGAAGUUAGUCCACCACCUUAUCCAUUUUCUUUAUUAGGAGGUGGUUUUUAGCCUGUGUGACCUAUAUUUUGUAAUUAUUUUUAUUCAUGCAAUAUGUUACUAAAUGUAUCUGAAAAGUGAGACCUCCUAGUUAACCUUUAACAAUAGAACUAAUAAAAAUUGGCUAGGGAAUAUAGGUUCAUUUUUUCAAGCUAUGCUUGAUAAUUUUUGAUAAAUUUAGUAUAAGUCUGAAGUUUUUUCCUUCUUUUUCUAAUUAAGAAUUCCCAGUUUUAUUUGGGAUUAAGGUCAUGGUUAAGGUUGUAACUGUAAUAAAUAGUAUCAAUUAGUAUGGUUUUGUUAGGUA